GUUAUAUAUAUCUGAAAUUUUUCUGUUUUUUUUUUUAUUUUUUAUUUUUUUCUAAAUAGUCUCAAGCUUCUUUUUAUUCAGUACUCUCUGCUUUCUCAAUUCCAUUUUCCUCUUUAUUCAUCUUAUACCAUUAAUUUUAUGCUUUACCAAGGCAUUUCAAUUCAUUUUAUAAAUAUUUCCAUGUCCUCAGUCUCUGUUAAUGCAUUCUUACAAGUCAUUGCAUCAAUAUUACAUCUCUCUCCUCCUCCCCUCUCUCUCUCUCUCUGGUCUGAUUAUGGAGUUACAGAACUUACAUGGGAAAAUGGCCAGCUAGCCAUGCAUGGGCUUGGUGGGCUCCUUCCCACUCCUCCCUUGACAAAGCCCACAUGGGUUAGGUCAGGUGAUACACUAGAGUCAAUUGUCCACCAAGCAACAUGCCACAACAUAAACUUAGCGCAAGAUCACCGGAAUCCGGCCAAUAUGAGCUCCGUCGUGGCAUCCUCUGGCGGAAAAUGGUCGGAAAGUUCAGGGAAGAUGCAAAUGGAUCAAGGUUUCGCGAAAAAGCGGAUGCAUUCGAAAUCGGACCAAAGUAGACUAAAUUUUAGCAGCAGCAUGCUAGAUCAUGAGUACAUUACGGACCGCAGUGCAUGUGCUAGUGCUAGCACAGCAUUUUGUAGAGACAACGAUACAACCGCGAUGACAUGGGCUUCGUUCGAGUCUCCCCAGAGCUUGAAGACUAGGAACACCGAUGAGGAUUCAGGUUGUCAUGGUGGAUCGGAAAACCGGGAGGGAGAACCGGAGACCAGAGCAGAAACAGGUCGUUCCAACCCAACAAGACGGCGUGCUGCUGCUAUACAUAAUCAGUCAGAGCGGAGACGUAGAGACAGGAUCAAUCAGAAAAUGAAAGCUCUGCAGAAGCUGGUUCCAAAUGCAAGUAAGACUGAUAAAGCUUCAAUGCUUGAUGAGGUGAUUGAGUACUUGAAACAACUUCAAGCACAAGUUAACAUGAUGAGUGUAAGAAGCAUGCCCCAAAUGAUGAUGCCUAUGGAUCAAAUGCAGCAGCAAAUUCAGCAGCAAAUUCAGAUGUCUCAAUUCCUAGCACGGAUGGGCAUGGGCGGGGUUGGGAUUGGGGGCACCAUGGGAAUGCUGGAAAUGAGUGCCAUGGCACGCUCCGCGCCUCAGUCUCUCCCUCCUCUCAUCCGUCCAACCCCUGUCACCGCUGCAACUCCCACCUUCCUUCCACCCCCUUUUAUGGUGCCUCCUAUGCUUCCAACGCAAACUCCAGCGCGAACAAAUGCUAAUGCAGCCACCAACACUUCAGCUCCUUUCAACAAUCCAUAUUGCGCGUUUCUAGCACAACAAUCCAUGAAUAUGGACCUCUAUAACAAGAUGGCAGCGCUUUACCAGCAACAAGUCAAUCAGAGGCCGCAGGCAACAAGAAGCUCAUUGCAGUCAAACCAUGGCCAAGAGGACUGAGGCAGUUGCAAGCAUUAUCUUGUCCAAGGAAUUAGCAAAAUCUAAGAAAAAUCAAUUAUAUAUUUAAUAAAUUAAGAUUAUAUAUACAAGCCUCUGGUGUAAUUGAUCCAUAUAUUUGUCUUGGAAUAAUAUGGUGCAGGCUUUUAGUUUUAUGUUAAAAUUUACUGUUGAUUUACCCAAAACUUACAUUUUUUUUUUUGUUUUUAUUUGAUUUUACUUAUUUGUUUCGUC